ACGCCUGGCAUGUGUUUUUCUGGCUAUUGGCUGUGCCUCCCGCGAGCUUCUCAAGACACCGCUAGAAAUGUGUCUCAAAGUCGGGAUCUACUUCUGAAAGUUGAUGGCAAACUUUAAACACCGCAGAUAUUCGGAGGUGAAGCACGAUGCUGAGAAGAGACACAUCGCGCUCUUAUCAGGAGUUCAAUGGAGAAGAGCGUCCUGAGACAGUAGAGUCCAUUCGGGACAAUGGUGUUUCUGAAGUGGAGCAAGAUGAUGAAGCCUGCGAUCCUUUACCAGAUGAGGACAAUGUGGAUAGCAAUCUAAUGCCCAUUGGCUUCAACAAAGCUUGCCUGAAGAAUGUUUUCACAGUAAUCCUUGUCCUCAUUUACUUGGCGCUCACGGCGGUGGCUGUGUUCUUGGCCUACCAAACCAUUUCAGACUUCAUGGACAAACUCAACCACCCAGUGAUGUCCGUUUCAUACAAAGAGGUUGAAGAGUUUGCUGCACCAGGAAUUGUUUUAUUUCCUGGAAAGGCACAUUUAUUAAGCUGCAUGCAUCACUAUCACGACAACAUUCCACCUCUUGUUGCAUUGGAAAAUCUUGCGAAAAGAGAGUGUAUGAAAGAGGAAGUCAUCUACCAUGGGCCGUAUUCAAACCAGACAGAAAAGCGAGCUUUGGUGUUCAGAGGGCCGACUGACGUGAGGAACCGAGAGCUUAUAUUCCUUCAGCUUAGCCGAAACGAAACAGAAGAGGAUUUCAGCGCAAUCAGCUAUAUGAUUUUUGCUAAAUUCAGUGACAUGCUUGAAAGCUCAGAUAAAGCUGCAUUUAUGAUGGACUGUGAAAGGAACUACUCGAUGUGGACCUUCUCUGGAGGCUUUAGGACGUGGGUCAAAAUGUCUUUAGUCAGGACUUCAGGCAGAAGAAAUGAAUCAGUAGAAUUUAGACAGGAGUCUAGUGUGGUGAAGUACAUUGACAAAAGGCCUCCACUGGAGCAAACCAACGAGCUUUUCUUCAUCGUGUUCCAAUGGCGGGAUCCAUUUAUACAGCAAGUUAAAGACAUAGUGACAGCAAACCCGUGGAACACCAUUGCCAUUUUGUGUGGCGUCUUCAUGGCCCUGUUUAAAGCAGCAGACUUUGCCAAACUCAGCAUUAAGUGGAUGAUCCGAAUCCGCAAAAGACACAAAAGGGCAAAAAUGAGAGAAAUGAACCAAAUCAGCUAAAACCGGACAACAUUACACAUCUGGAGAUUUUAAUUAGGACCAUUGGGACUCCUGAACUGCUGAACCAUUUCAGAUAUACAUUUUCUUAAUGAAUGUAUUGCGUUUUAACUGGAGUGAUUUUAAUAUUGUACAGUAUUGUACAAACUCUGAGGCACAUGAUCAACAGUACAAGAGCAAAGUUUAAUUAUUAACUUCACACAUUUGACAAGGUCCUUUGGUUAUGUUGCAUUUCUCGACCAUCAAUAAGUAACUCUUUUGCAAUGUUGUCUUGUUUUCUUAAUGCUGAGGAUUACUCUUCACUGUUGCUGUUUUCUAUUAACAUUUCCAUAAACAUCAACUUGAGAUGUGUUUUUUAAUUCCAAACCUAUGAAAUUAUUUCAGUGAUUUAAAAAUGUUUUGAAAACAUUUGUUAUUUAGCAAUCAUAUUUGUAAGGGGCAGUUUGUGUGUUGUUACUGUGCCGUUUAACAAUUAAAUGACUGUCUGGCGUGUGUAUUUUCAGAUUGUGUAAAUACAUCUUUUCAUGUAGUUUUUAAUGAACAUUAACCAUUUAUAUUUAUUAAAACCACUUUAAUCAUAUAAA